CUUUUUAACUCUCUCUCUCUCUUUCUCUCUCCUCCAUGAAACAUUCUACUUCUUCUUCUUCUUCUUCUUAUCAAAGACUAAGACAUUCUUGAUCUGCUCAAAGGCUUAGCCAAUAAGCCUAAUAACCGCCACCACAACACACAGUCACACACAACUAUGAAGCUGUAUUACCAGAGUCAUAGAGGAAGAAGUGCUCUUGCUGGUCUCCUGGUUUUGCUCCUCCCCAUCUUCUUCCCUACCCUUUUCUCUCCUUUUAGCCACGCCUCUCCUUCCCUCUUCUCGGAAUGGAAUGCACCAAAGCCUAGGCACUCGCGGCUUCUUAAAAGUGCUUUACAACGCGAGACAUCAAAUGGACUGCAAUCGGAUCUCUGGAUUCCUUUGGCCAACCAAGGAUGGAAACCCUAUGCCGAAUCUACUAGUGCCACCACACUACCCAGCGAAUCAAAUGGAUAUAUCCAGGUGUUCCUUGAUGGAGGGUUGAACCAACAGAGAAUGGGGAUUUGUGAUGCAGUUGCUGUUGCUAAAAUUCUAAAUGCAACUCUUGUGAUCCCACAUUUUGAAGUGAAUCCUGUCUGGCAAGAUUCCAGUUCAUUCAUGGAGAUUUAUGACGUGGAUCACUUUAUUAAUGUAUUGAAGGAUGAUAUCUCUAUAGUUAAAGGGCUUCCCGAUGAAUUCUCUUGGAGCACAAGGGAGUAUUAUGCUACAGCCAUUCGAGAUAACAGAAUCAAAUCUGCACCUGUUCAUGCCUCGGCUAACUGGUAUCUAGAGAAUGUGAUGCCUGUCCUACAGAGUUACGGGAUAGCUGCAAUCUCCCCAUUUUCUCAUCGUCUGGCUUUUGACAACAUGCCAAAGGACAUCCAACACCUGCGUUGCAAAGUCAAUUUUCAGGCAUUAGGUUUUGUUCCUCAUAUCAGAGCUCUUGGUGAUGCUCUUGUGGAACGCCUUCGGUAUCCUCCUAGCAAAAUAUCGCUUGGUGACAAUUACCUAAGAGAGUAUACUGAUGCAAAUGACAAACAAGGAGCUGGAAAGUUUGUCGCCCUACACCUUCGGUUUGAUAAGGAUAUGGCUGCCCAUUCAGCCUGUGAUUUCGGCGGGGGAAAAGCUGAAAAACUGGCUCUGGCUAAGUACCGGCAAGUGAUUUGGCAAGGAAGGGUCCUGAACUCUCAGUUCACUGAUGAAGAGUUGAGGAGUCAGGGCCGCUGCCCAUUGACUCCUGAAGAAAUAGGAUUGCUGCUAGCAGCUUUGGGCUUUGACAACAGUACUCGUCUAUAUCUUGCAUCCCAUAAGGUAUAUGGUGGGGAAGCUAGGAUCUCAACCUUAAGGAAUUUGUUUCCACUAAUGGAAGACAAAAAGAGCCUUGCCUCUUCAGAGGAAAGGGCCCAGAUCAAAGGGAAGGCAUCUUUAUUAGCUGCGGUUGAUUACUAUGUCAGCAUGCACAGUGACAUCUUCAUUUCUGCUUCACCUGGCAAUAUGCACAAUGCAAUGGUGGGACUCAGGACUUACUCAAAUCUGAAGACGAUAAGGCCUAACAUGGCAUUGUUAGGCCAGCUCUUCCUAAAUAAGAGCAUGGUUUGGUCAGACUUUCAACAGGCAGUGGUGGAAGGGCACGAAACCAGGCAAGGGCAGAUCAGGUUGCGGAAACCAAAACAGUCCAUAUAUACAUAUCCUGCUCCUGAUUGCAUGUGCAAUGCUUAAGGUAACAUCAUUCUUGAGAGUCUGAGCAUGCCUUGUAUGUCUAUAUGAUUUGCAGCUGAAAGCUAUUGGUUUCGGUUUAGCGUAUUUAAGAUAAAAGUCCCUUUCUAAUUAUUCAUGUGUUAUCUUGUACGAAAGUUCAUCAAGAAUACAAGAUGGAUAUGUGAAAUACGUUGCAUAUGUCAAUUCGUUGAGUGUGAUUUAUGAAUAGAAUUUGUAGACCA